AUGCAAGUCUUUGCAACAUCCCCAACACGUCGACAAAACGUCCGUACGAGUCGUACGAAAAACACGCGCCGCUCUUUGUAUCCAACCGCAUUAUUCCCGGCCUGGCGCCGGAGCGGACGGAGAGCAGGAGCGGCGUCGACGGUAACAUUCAAUCCCACUGAUCAACACUUAGUUGCGUACUUUUUACGCAACAAAAUUCAUGGAAGGCAGAGUCAUCUUCUCAACAUCUUCAUCAUCGACGCCGAUGUCUACGAAUCUCACCCGGCGGCUUUACCAUGGGAACUUUACCCUGGACUCACUUGCUCUUAUCGCUACUACUUCACCAGACGCCACAAAGUCUCUGCAAACUGCAAUCCCAACAGACCCAAACGGACCGUCGACUGUGGAUGGUGGCGUUCCGACACCGGCGACAAAGAUAUUCUGCAUCGUGGUAAAGUCAUCGGUCGGAAGAAGACACUUUCUUUUUUUGUCUAUAAGGAUACCACCAAGAAACGGAAAGAUGCCCAGAAAACUGGGUGGAUUAUGCAUGAGUAUCGGCUUGCUGAUGAUUCGUUUCAAGAAUGGGUUCUCUGUAAGAUUUAUAAUAAACCCAACAAGAAAAACAAAAACUUUGAGAUGGAGACAGCUGAUUCGUCAAUUUGUGAGACUGCGAUUCUGUCGGAGAAUCAGCUGGAAUCCAUUUUAGUUGAAACAGAUUAUCAACAUGGUCGUUCAGAUAAUACUCCCCAGAAUGUGGAAGAGCGUUCGUAUACGGAAUAUGUGACCGACUGGGCUUCCUUGUUUUGGGGCGAUAAUGAGCAGCCGGUAGCAAAUUUACAGAGUUAUUGAAAUUGCUACAGUAACAAGAAUUAUUCAUGGAGAUAAGUGGUGAUGAGCAGAAUAUUCACGAUUUUGAUUCAGAGAUGAAUGAUG